GUUAGGAUCGAUCUUUCUAUCUCUAUCCUUUGGUGUCUUAUGCUCAUCUAAUUUUCGUUUUGAAGUCAUGAUAUUUGAUUUAAGUGUUUAUAAGUAUUUCAUUAUUUAGUGAAUCUUGUUUUUUACUGUUUCUUUGAGUCAGUAUGAAGCGUAAAAGUGAUAUUUGGACCCAUUUUACACUUGACAAAGUGAACAAAUUUGGUGAAUGUAACACUUGUGGUAAGAAGCUAAAGUACUGUGGAAGCUCUACAUCAUUCUGGCGACAUGCAUCUAUGCAUGGAUUAUUCAAUUCUGAUGAUAAUGACGAAGGAAGUAAUGAAGCCAGUGAUUCCGGUCAAUUGACUAUUCCUGAAGUUCUUGAUCUAAUGGAUGAAAGUAGCAAAAAAUGCGUCAAAUUCAAAGAUGAUUUAUGCUCAUUAAUUGUUACUUGUGGAUUGCCAUUUAGUGUUGUUGAGAAACCAGGAUUUGAAUUGUUUUUCAAACGUAAUUUACCCAGAGGCAAAUUGCCUUCUCGAUUUACAAUUAAGAAUGAUGUUUUGAAAAAAUUUGAAGUAGUCAAAUUACAUUUGAUAGCAAAAUUUGCUAAUGUUGACUCCUUUGCUUUAACAUUUGAUUCUUGGACUGAGCCUUUCAACAAUCGUGGUUAUCUUGGUGUAACUUUACAUUUCCUGUUGCUCAAUCAAUUACAAUCUCAGAUUAUUGCUGUAAAAGAACACAAAUCAACCCAUUCAGCACAUAACAUAGUUGAUAUGUUGGAAACUAUUCUAUGUUCAUGGAAUAUAGCAAAGGAAAAGAUUGUUUGUUGUACAACAGAUAAUGGUGCAAAUAUGAAAUUAGCUGUUGACUUGUUUCUUGGUCCAAAAAAACAUGUUCCUUGUUUUGCUCACACUCUCAACCUCUGUGUCAAAGAAGCGAUUGAAAAAUCAAACUCAUUCAGUUCAAUUGUUGACAAGGUAAAAGCGAUUGUUACAUUCAUUAAACAUUCAUCAACUGCAUCUCAAAUAUUAGCUCAAGCUCAAACUGAUGAAGUCCAAAAAUUGAAACUGAAACAAGCUGUUGUUACGAGAUGGAACUCGAUCUAUUUAAUGUUGGAACGUUUUGUUAAACUUAAUGUUCAUGUUUAUGCAAUUCUUACUCAAUUUUCACGAGCUCCUGGAAUGGUAAAUCAAACUGAAAUAACAGCAAUCGUUGAAGCUUUAGAGCUUCUUAAGCCAUUUUAUGAAGCAACUGAGGAACUCUCAUCAGACACUAAAACAACUAUUUCCAAAAUUAUACCGAUGGUUAAUUUGAUUGAUAAACGUUUGUCAAGUUUUGAUUGUUCAUCAGAAAUUACAAGAAAACUUAAACAAGAAUUACUUAAAGCUUUUAAUAACAGAUUUGGAAACAUCGAGUCAAGUAAAUUACAUGCUAUGGCAACUAUUUUGGACCCAAGGUUCAAAAGGAAUGAUUUCCAAUCAAUUAUCAAAGCAACAGAAGCUGUUAAUUUAAUUAACCGUGAGUUGAGUUCAAUUCAAAGGAACAAUCUAAAUGAUUUUGAUUUAGACGAGCCUCAUCAUGAAGGUUUAUGGAGCCUGAGAAACAUAAGACAAUCUGAAUUCACUCAAAAUGGUUAUCCGUUGGAUGAAAGUUUCCGUCUCUACUUGAACAAUAAGCUGAGUAAUUUACAUGACUGUCCGAUUACUAUUUGGUUAAACUUGAAACAAUUAAACUCAAGUCUUUCUGAUUUAGCUUUGAAAUACUUGAUCAUCCCGGCUACUUCUGUUCCCUCUGAAAGAGUUUUUUCAAAAGCUGGUCAUCUAGUUGGCAAAGAAAGGUCAUCACUUGACCCUAAACUCGUUGAAGAAGAUUAUUAUUGAUUAUUAUGAUGGGAAGUGACCCAAAACUUAUCUACCAUAAAUAGAUGUUAAACCUUUGGUUUUUGUUCAAAUUCAAUUUUUUUUGUCUCAACAUUGGAACAUCAGUAACUCGCCAGUCUCAAAUUUUCUGAACACAAUUGACACACCAUUAGCUUCCUCUUGAUGAGGUGAAACUAAAUAUGUAUGAUUUAUAAAUGAAACUUUCUUAUUUCUUUCAAAACAUGAUGUUGCCCGACGUAAAAAAUCAAUAAAGUUAUACCAUAAGUACAAUGGAGUUAGUCA